GAAGCGGUGGGAGUCCCGCCCCCUCUCCCCCAACCCCGGUUUCUGGUGGGCCGUGAGUUAGUGGCGGUUGGCCCGGUGGCCCUAGCUCCUGAGGCCUCCGUCCGCUCGCAUCCUCCUGUGCUCGGACAGCGCUGACUGUCGGGGAAGGCCCCUGAAGUCCGACGGAGUCCUCGCGACGGGUGCAGGAGGACGCUGCAGCCGAGGUGAUGGCGUCAGAGGUGACGGCCGUGGAGGGCCUGUGGCUGAACGAGGGGACAGACGCGAGUGAAGAAGGGCCUGUUCCUGGAAGGAUCGCAGCUCUCUGGGAGGGCCUGGGGCAUCGUUGUCGCAGUCGUGUCUGACCACUGAGCCUCAGGGGCUCAGAGUCCCCGUUCGUCAGUUCUUAGGUGGCCAGUGAUGGCUCAGGAACGCCCCUCUGCACCAGGCUGGUUGAAGCACCUGCGUUUGGGUGUGGGGGCCUCUGCCGCGCGGGCUGGGCGCGAAAACCAGUUCACUUCCGGAAGUUGCAGUGGGCGUAGCUCGACGAUGACGGUGGUGCGCCACCACCUGCGUUCUUGCGUCUGUUGGGCCCGGACAGUCCAUGGGUGUUUCUUGAUUUUUCCCGUGUAACCGAUCGUAGUAUAGGUUCCGUCGUGAACAGAACAGGCAAAAUAUCACAAUCCCCUUGAAGCGGACGUUCUAGGAUACAGAAAAUACAAAGGAUGUAAAUAACAUACGCACUGUGCGGAUGGUGGUGAUUCCUCAAAAGAAGAAACAAAGCGAGGGGAGGGGUGUGCUGAGGUCCUGAGCUGUGUGUGCCUCUGGGAGAGUCUUCCUCUGGGACCGUUAUCUCUGAGGGUGUGCCUAGGAUGUGUGCUUGGGGGUGCCAUCGGUAUUUCCAGUGAUGAAGGCUGGGUGAUUCUGUAUAUUUGUCUGCAGGGCCACAUGUGUCUGUCUGAUAGGUUCCAUGUGUUCCAUCAUCCUGGUGAUGAUGGUCCCUGUGUCCAGGCAGGAGUGUCAGUGCCUGUCUCACUGCAUGCGGUAGUGGUUUUUUUGUGCCUAUGUAUGGGCUCCCCAGUAUGUGUGUAAUGAAAUAUAAAGGCCUGUCAGGUGCAGAUUUACAAGCGGGCUCUACUUAACUUCUAAGAGGCACAUAAUUAUCGUGUAUUAAAUUCCUACGUGUGCAAAAACUGGAAACCUUUACGAUUAUUUUUAGUAAGUUUGUGCAAGCUCCAUACUGCAUGAAAUGGAAAGGUUGGGAUCAAGCCAACUUUUUAGGUUUAUUCAGUAAUCAGUGAAAUGAAAUAAAAUUCAGGUAUAUAAGUAAGUUUUAAGGUUUCUUUAUUUUGAGAGAAGUGUGGGGGCAGGGCAGAGAGAGCAUCCCAAGCAGACUCUGCUGUCAGCACAGAGCCUGAUGUGGGGCUCGAUCUCCUGAAUCAGGAGAUCAUGGACCUGAGCUGAAAUCAAGAGUUGGAUGCUUAAUGACCGAGCCACCCAGGCUCUCCUUAUGCAUAAAUGCUUUGAUACAUAUACGUGUCCAUGAAACCAUGACUGUGAUCAUAAUAAACUAGAAAACUCAGUUUUGAAUGAGGACUAAGUUACAAAUGGGAUAUUGGACAGUAUAAAUUCUCAAUUUAUUAGAUACCUACCAAAAACUGGAGCUCGUUUCAGGGAUAAAAAUGUUUCCAUGUUAUAAAAUAUUAUCAUAUUUUAUUAUCAUAUUUUACCAAGAAGACGAAGCAGGCAUUGCUGCCCAGUGGUAAAAAUUAUGGAUAUGUUAACACAUGGACAGUAACAAAGGAUUAUUUAAAAGGGAGUAAUAAAUCUGUCAACUCCAUGUAUGAUAAUCAACUUACUGAAGAUUUACGUGAAGGAGGAAGCUAGAACACUCUUGGAAGUUAUGGCAAGUUUUUGUGACUUUGGAAUAUGGGGAGUUUUCUUACAUAAGAAAAAAUAGUAAGCUACAAAGGAAGAGAAUGAGAAAUUAAACUAUUAAAACUCAUUACAGACCACUGAAAUGUAGAAUAAAGGGGGUACAAAGAUAAACCACAGUCUGGGAGACAAUAUUUGCAAUACGUACAAAUGAAAAAGAUGCAUAUCCAGAGUAUAUGAAGAAAUCAGAAGAAACCAAUAAGCAUACAAAUGAAUUAAAAGUAAGAAAAUGAUAAAGAUUACACAGACGAAAGACCUACAAAGUGCUCGAUAUCAUUGGUAAUUAGUAAAAAGCAAGACACACGAGGCAAUCCUGUUUCACAUGGACUAUAUAGGCAAAUAUUCAACAGUUGCAGUGUGGUCAAUCAUCUUAUGCAAGAAUAGUGGGAGUGUUGAUUCACACAUCCCAUUGGCAUUUCCUAUAAUUUGAAAUUAUCCAUAGUCUCCAAUUCAGUAGUUUUUCUCCAAUGUGUAGAGGAUUUGUUAUGAACUGCCACUUGGAAAUCGAGACAAGAAUGAUAGGAGCAGCAUUUUCCACGCCAGGAAAACAUACACAUGAAAGAGCCCCGAAACUAUAAGCACUGGAAAGGAUGAGUAAAUUGGGUCACCCCCAGCCACAGAUGCCUGCAUGCGUGAAACAGACUGAGGCAAGGAAAUCAAUGACGACCAUGUUCCAGAGAGAGACACAGAAUCCGAAGCAGGCUCCAGGUUCUGGGCUGUCAGCACAAGAGCCUGAUGUGGGGCUCGAACUCAAAAGCGGUGAGAUCAUAACCUAAGGCCAAGUCAGACGCUCAACCGACUGAGCCACGCAGGUGCCCCCAAAUGUCUGUGUUCUUAAAGAGCCCAGACCCAAGGGUGACCUUGCAGUCCCAAGCCAACCUCUGACCCCUGGAGGACACCAGGGCCUCCUGUCCUGUCUUGUCCCAGCCCAGCCGGGAUUGGGCACCCCUCCUUCUCUGGACAGAGAGGUAUUGCUCGGUGGGGAAAUGGGAGUCUGGAAACAGGAGGUGCCGCAGACCUGCGGGAAGACGCCGAAGUCCUUGGGGGAACUAGAGCUGGUUCUACUUGUACCCAAGUGUCCCUACUGUGACCAGCCGGAAGGGGCCAGCCACUCGUGUUGCAGUCGUGCUGAAUCGUCCCGUCGGGGGCCCUGGGGCGAGGGUGGUGGAUUAUCUGGUUGGGAGGGCUGGGGCGGGGUCUGCAAGCCGUGUCCAAUCAGGGUCCGCGGCCUCGGAGCACCGUCCAAUCAGAACCGCGGGCGGGCUCCCAGCCGUGUGGGCUGGGCUCUGAGACCGCCAGAGGCGCUAGUGUGCACCUGCCCCGUGCGGCUGCAGGUGUCUGGGUCGGCGUCGCGCUCACCUGCCUGGGCCAUGGAGCCACGGGGAGGACGCCAGGAGAGCCUGCAGCGAGGCCGCGAGAUGGACUCAGUGGUCUUUGAGGAUGUGGUUGUGGACUUCACCCAAGAGGAGUGGGCCCUGCUGAAACCUGCUCAGAAAAAGCUCUACAAAGAUGUGAUGCUAGAAACCUUCAGGAACCUGGUCACAGUAGAUGAUGAGAAUCAACUUAGAACCAAUGGGUCCACUUCUCAGCAGGUUAUUUUUGGAGAAAAAUUAUCCAAUGAGCAGAAAAUAGCAAGGUUCACAAAAAAUGAUUCCUGGACCUCCCUUUUUGGAGAAAAUUGGGAAGACCAGUGCAUUGAAGAUAAGCACAACAACCAGGGGAGACAUUUGAGCAGAAAUCAUAUGGUGGAGAGACUCUGUGACAGUAGCAAAGGUAAUACAUGUGGAGAAACCAUCAACCAUAUUCCAAGUCUUACGCUGUACAAGAAAACGCCUACUGGAGUAAAACUGUAUGAGUGUAUUCAGUGUGGAAAAGUCUUCAGGCAUCGUUCAUCCCUUAAGAGGCACAAAAGAAGUCAUACUGGACGCAAACUAUAUCAGUGUGAGGAAUGUGGGAAAGCGUUCAGUUGUUCUUCCUACCUAAGGAAUCAUGUGAAAACUCACAGUGGAGAGAAACCCUAUGCCUGUAAACUUUGUGGGAAAACAUUUAUCCGUUCCCACUCCCUCACUGGACAUAUAAGGAGUCACACUGGAGAGAAACCCUAUGAAUGUAAGGAAUGUGGGAAAGCCUUCAGUUGCCCCAAAUCCUUCCGCGUACAUGUGAUGAUGCACAAUGGUGGGAAGCCCUAUGAAUGUAAGCAGUGUGGGAAAGGCUUUAGCUGUCCCAAAUCCUUUCGAGUACAUAUGAUAAUGCACACUGGAGAGAAACCCUAUGAAUGUAAGCAGUGUGGGAAAGCCUACUGUUGGCUCACAUCCUUUCAGAGACAUGUGAGAAUUCACAAUGGAGAGAAACCCUAUAAAUGUGAAAAAUGUGGGAAAGCGUUUGGUUGGCCCUCAUCCCUACACAAACAUGUCCGAAUGCACACUGGAGAGAAACGUGUAAACAUAAGCAACGUGGGAAGGCCUUCAGUUGGCCCUCAUCCUUCCAAAAAUGUAAGAACGCACACUGAAGAGAAACGCUACGAGUGUGAAAAAUGUGGGAAAGCGUUUGGUUGGUCCUCAUCCUUACACAAACAUGACAGAAAGCACAGUGGUGAGAAACCCAUAAAUGCAAGCAAUGUGGGAAAGCUUUCAGUCAUCCUUCCAAAAAUGUAAGAAUGCAGACUAGAGAAAAACCCUUUAAGUGUGAAAAAUAUGGGAAAGCCUUCAGUUGGUCCCAAUCCUUCUAAAACCAUAAGGAUAAAGACUAGAGAGAAACCUCAGACGUGUGAAAAAUGUGGGAAAACUUUCAGUUGUCUCAAAGCGUUUCGUAGUCAUGUGAGAACUCACAGUCAAAGUUUCUAAAUAUAAGAAAACCUAGUGCAUAUUAAUUCAUGUAAAAUAGUUUGGAAAAUCCACACCAGAAGAGAAAUAUUAUAAAAGUUACACAGUAGUGCUCAGUAUCUCAUCCUUAAUGUGGACCUCUGGCAAGUGAAUUUCCAUGUCUCGUUCAACUAAACAUUGAGAUGAAAAUUCUCAAGUAUUCUGAGUACAUCUACACAGUACAUGAAUUUUGAUAUAUUGUAGGUUUUCUCCCCCUUCAUGAAUUCAGUUAAUAUUUCUGCAUCCAUUUUGAAGUGUGAUUCACCCACGGGUGGUUGAUGUGUUUUAAAUAUGCAUUAGGUUUAAUUUUAUAUAGUUUUAAAAUUGUUCUGUAAGUAUGGGGCCUUUAGACUAAUGUGACGUUGGUAUUUGUUUGGAUUUUCUUACUGGCCACGUAUGUUCCAAGCUGGGCAUCACUUUCCCAUUACAUACAUAUAUUCCAUUUUACUAUCUUCCUGAGAGAACUUACAACUUGACACUUAAAGUUGACACUUCUU